AGGACACUGGCUGUCCCGCGAGGGCCGAGGGCCGAGCGUGUCGCGUGGACACUGGCCGUCCCGCGAGGGCCCAGGGCUGACGCGCACCUCCAGACCCAGCCUUGGGAAGCACCACCGGAGCCACAGUGUUUUCUUCAGUUUCAAAUGGUGAAGAAUGGGAGACAUAGAAGGGACAUACAGAAUCUUACAGACUGCAGGGGCACGCUUGAGUGCUCAGACCCCUGUUGGAGUGAGUACCCUUGAGUCAGGGCAGACACUGUCACCCAGGAUGCAAGAGAAACACCUGCACCUCAGAGUAAAGCUCCUGGACAACACCAUGGAAAUAUUUGACAUUGAGCCUAAGUGCGAUGGCCAGGUAUUACUGACACAAGUGUGGAAGCAUUUGAAUCUCAUCGAAUGUGACUACUUCGGGUUGGAGUUUCAGAACAUCCAGUCCUACUGGAUUUGGCUUGAACCUAUGAAACCCAUCAUUAGGCAAGUACGAAGGCCAAAGACUGCAAUGCUUCGCCUGGCUGUAAAAUUUUUCCCACCUGAUCCUGGUCAAUUGCAAGAAGAAUAUACAAGGUAUUUGUUUGCCUUACAACUCAAGAGAGACCUGCUGGAGGAGCGCCUGAUCUGUGCCACGACCACUGCAGCCCUUCUCACAUCUCACCUUCUACAGUCUGAAAUAGGAGAUUAUGAUGAAACCUUGGAUAGAGAACACCUCAAAACCAACAAGUACUUGCCCAACCAGGAACAAUCCAUGGAGAAGAUACUAGACUUCCAUCAAAGACACACGGGCCAGACGCCUGCUGAAUCGGAUUUCCAGGUGCUGGAGAUUGCCAGAAAGUUGGAAAUGUAUGGCAUCAGGUUUCACACGGCUUCUGACAGGGAGGGGACCAGGAUUAACCUAGCAGUUUCCCACAUGGGUGUCCUUGUGUUCCAGGGUACCAUCAAAAUCAACACCUUCAACUGGUCUAAGGUCCGUAAACUAAGCUUCAAGAGGAAAAGAUUUCUUAUCAAACUUCAUUCAGAGGUCCAUGGACCCUACCAAGACACCUUAGAAUUCUUGUUGGGUAGCAGAGAUGAAUGUAAGAACUUCUGGAAGAUUUGUGUGGAGUAUCACACCUUUUUUAGACUUUUUGACCAGCCUAAGCCAAAGACAAAAACAGUCUUCUUCAGCCGGGGCUCCUCCUUCAGAUACAGUGGAAGAACUCAGAAGCAACUAGUAGAUUACAUCAAAGAUGGUGCAAUGAAAAGAAUUCCAUAUGAAAGACGGCACAGUAAGACUCGGACAUCUAUCCAUGCUGGGACUGUAGACCUGCCUAAACAGAGCAUCUCAUUCACCGAGGGCUUGAGAACUUCUGCCUCCCUGUCUUCAGCAAAUGCCUCCUUUCACCCACUCCCUACCUCCUCUUUGGCCUCUCCUGGUCUACCUGAUUUCAAGGACAGCAGCAUCUCCCUUAUGGAUCCCCAAGCUCCCUUCAUCAAGAGCACAGCUGCAGAGAGGAGCAGCAGAGCAGCACCUGAAGAGCAGUGCAGCACGCAGUCGGCCCACCUUCCCAGACCUCCUGUGCUCCAGCCUGGUCCAGGCCUUUCUGUGGAUAGUCUUCAGCCUUCUCCCUCCAACCAGAAGAGCCAGCUGAGCCUGAGCCCUGAGCCUUGGGCAGCCCUGAGACUAGCUGAGCAGGGCUUAUCCCCUGUCCUAAGUCCUGUCCUCAUUGGUGCUGGUGCAACCAGGAUGGACAACCAGGAGGAGCAGAAACACAAGCGCAUACCAGAAGAUGAGGCCUAUUUCAUAGCAAAGGAGAUUCUUGCUACAGAAAGAACAUAUCUGAAAGAUUUAGAAGUUAUUACUGUGCUCCUCCCACAGUGGUUCCGCAGUAUGGUGGUCAAGGAGGAUGCCAUGCCUGCAGCCCUGAUGACUCUGCUUUUCUCCAACAUUGAUCCUGUCUAUGAGUUCCAUAGAGGCUUCCUGCGUGAGGUGGAAGAGAGGCUGGCACUCUGGGAAGUGCAUGCCAGUACCCAUUUGAAGGGUGAUCAUCAACGAAUUGGGGACAUCCUGCUCAGGAAUAUGCAUCAGUUAAAGGAGUUUGUCAGCUAUUUCCAAAGACAUGAUGAAGUCCUAACAGAACUGGAAAAGGCCACCAAACACUGCAAAAAGCUAGAAAUGGUAUACAAAGAAUUUGAGCUCCAGAAGGUCUGCUACCUGCCUCUCAACACGUUUCUCCUGAAGCCCAUCCAGCGGUUGGUACACUACCGCCUACUUUUGAGCCGGCUUUGUGAUCACUACUCACCUAGGCAUCAUGACUAUGCUGACUGUAAUGAUGCCCUGAAGGCCAUCACAGAAGUGACCACUAAGCUCCAGCACAGCCUCAUCCGGCUACAGAACCUGCAGAAGCUGACAGAGCUACAGCGAGACCUCAUUGGCAUAGAAAACCUCACUGCUCCUGGCAGGGAGUUCAUCCGUGAGGGCUGCCUUCACAAGCUCACCAAGAGAGGCCUGCAGCAGAGGAUGUUCUUUCUGUUCUCAGAUAUGUUGCUGUACACAAGCAAAGGUGUCACAGGGGCCAGCCACUUCCGGAUCCGUGGUCUCCUUCCACUCCGUGGCAUGCUGGCAGAAGAAAGUGAGAAUGAAUGGUCUGUUCCUCACUGUUUCACCAUUUAUGCAGCUCAGAAAACAAUUGUGGUGGCAGCCAGCACUCGGCUUGAAAAGGAAAAAUGGAUGCAGGACCUGAACACUGCAAUCCAGGCAGCCCAAAGUGCUGGCAACAAAACUCCCGUGCUUCCAGGAGACCCUGUGUGCACUCAUAUGCCCAGAUCCUCUGAUGAAGUCAAUAUGGAGGAGCUGGAAGAUGCUUGGGGAACCCGAGGCUCCCUGGAGGGACAGUGCCAACACCGGGCCAACACCACAAUGCAUGUGUGCUGGUAUCGGAACACAAGUGUGUCUAGAGCUGACCACAGUGCAGCUGUUGAGAACCAGCUUUCAGGAUAUCUGCUAAGAAAAUUCAAGAACAGCAAUGGCUGGCAAAAACUCUGGGUGGUCUUCACCAAUUUCUGCUUGUUUUUCUACAAAACCCAUCAGGAUGACUACCCCUUGGCCAGUCUCCCGCUGCUGGGUUACAGUGUGAGUCUCCCCAGAGAGGUCGACGGCAUCCACAAAGACUACGUUUUCAAACUCCAGUUUAAGUCUCAUGUCUACUUCUUCCGAGCUGAGAGCAAGUACACAUUUGAAAGGUGGAUGGAGGUCAUCGAGAAGGGCAGCAGCUCACCUGGGAGGCCCCCAAGUCUUACUCCCUCUAUAGGGCUGGAGGCAGAGGAUAGAGAUGCUCACCCUGCAUGAACAAGGUGUCUAUGACAGGGGCCUGCCAUAUGCAAAGGCAGCCUGUUAUCCUCAGAGCCAAGGAAUCAGAUGGAAGAUGGCACAAACCCUAUCAAGAGCCUCACAGUGACCUCUUAGGUGGGCAUUUUAACACCUCCCUACAAACCUGUAGCUGGCUGAGGUAAAAGGACAUAUCUCAACUUGAGAGGCCCCUGGGAAAGAAAUGAAGAACUCUGGCUCAUGACAUGGCAUGGUCCUUGCUGAGGACUGGCCUCCGGCCGACAUGCAGCACCAAUGGCCACAGUUCUACACCUCAGAUAAGCACUGUACUCAAGCUUGGGCAACAAGCCUCAUACAGCUAUCAGGGCUGAGCCAGAACUACUGAUGGGAGUCCUGUCCAGGGCCCAGCCUACAGGUCACAACAAGACAACAGUGUGUCCAUUCCCAUCCCACAGAUCUUUGGAAGAGUGGAAACCAAAGUCCCCCGAGGCCUGGGAGGGUGAAGCCUAUUACUAGCUCCUAGUGUUCUUUACCAACUAAGGCAGCCUGCCUAUGGCUCCUCUGUUCACAUAUACGAUUUAACAUAAACAGCAUCUCCCCACCCACCAG